AUGGCACAGACCCAUCACCUGACGAGGUCUCGUGAAUCUCGCUGGGUCUCACUUGCCUCCGCAAGCAAUUCAGUCCACUCGCUUAAAGGCACCCGGCAAGUACCAUCUUCGCGGUACCUAGCGAGUAGGGUGGACGUGAAUUCUGAUAACGAAGAGGGUCACGAGCGUAGGCCGGUUGGUGAACUGAUGACGGCGGCCGCUCCAGGGACUUCAGCCCUCCCGAAGGCUGAGUUUAUCAUAAGUCGGGGUAUUCAUUUGUUUCACUUUGAGUUUCGAUUGCCUGACGACCUGCCUGGGUCGUUCGAGUUGCCUUCAGCCUGUCUCGAGGGUGGUGCGGCGGCUCGUCUUAGCUACGGUUUGUGCGUAGAAGUCUGCAACACUGCAGUGCAAGUAUCACACACCAGACAAAGGGAAAUUAUUGUCUUUCGACCUCUUGAUCUUUCCCACUUCCCCAGACUCAGAGUGAGCAAAUCAACAUUACAUAAGCUAUUAUUUUAUAGUAAAUAA